UUGAGUUUUCAAAUUUUAUUUUUUCUUCCUUCUCAGCACUAUAAACUCAUACAUGGAGUGCUUCUUAGUUCUCUCUAUUAAGCUUCUUCAUGCAUGAACUAUAGUUCUUCUUCUUCUCUCUUUGCCUAUCUUUUUACCAUAAGGAAGAGAUUAAAAAUCUUUUUUAUUGUUAUUAGUAUUAUUUAUUAAUCACAGCCUAGCUCCAUGAACAACUGGUUAGGUUUCUCUCUUUCUCCUCAACAGCUCCCAUCACAAUCAGAUCAUCAUCAAGAUCACUCUCAAACCACGGCUUCUCGCUUAGGUUUCCACUCAGAUGAAAUCUCCGGUACCGGUGUCUCCGGAGAAUGCUUCGAUCUCACUUCAGACUCAACUGUUCCUUCUCUCAACCUUCCUGCUCCUUUUGGUAUACUUGAAGCUUUCAGAAACAACCAAUCUCAAGAUUGGAAUAUGAAGGGUUUAAGCAUGAACCCAGAAACUGCCUACAAAACAAACUCAGACUUGUGUAUGCUUAUAGGUUCUUCAUGCAAUACUCAAAAUCUUGAUCAAAACCAGCAACCCAAGCUUGAAAACUUUCUUGGCGGCCAUUCAUUUGCCAAUCAUGAAAACAAGCUUGCUACCAUGUAUAAUACUACAGGAGACUACAUGUUCCAAGACUGCUCCUUGCAAGCAGCAAAUGAUACAACCUGCAACGGAGAAGAAAAUAAUAGUCUGAAUACUGCUAAUAAUAAUAGUAAUAGCUCCAUUGGAUUAUCCAUGAUCAAGACUUGGUUAAGAAAUCAACCAGCACCGACACAACAACAGCAACAAGAAACCAAGAACAUUAAUGGCGGUGGUGCGCAGAGUUUGUCUCUUUCUAUGAGUACUGGAGAAGGAAAUAUUAAUAAUAACAGUGGUGGAGGAGAUCAUAGUUCUUCUUCUGAUAAUAACAAGCAGCAAAAAACGACAAGCAGUGGUCUCGAUAGCCAAACAGGUGCUAUUGAAUCAGUUCCCAGAAAAUCUAUUGAUACUUUUGGGCAAAGAACUUCUAUAUACCGUGGUGUAACUAGACAUAGAUGGACGGGUAGAUAUGAGGCUCAUUUAUGGGAUAAUAGUUGCAGAAGAGAAGGACAAACUCGAAAGGGAAGGCAAGUUUAUUUGGGUGGUUAUGAUAAAGAAGAAAAGGCAGCAAGAGCAUAUGAUUUAGCUGCAUUGAAAUACUGGGGUACAACUACAACUACAAAUUUUCCAAUUAGUAACUAUGAAAAAGAGUUAGAAGAAAUGAAGCACAUGACCAGGCAAGAAUAUGUUGCGUCUCUGCGAAGGAAGAGCAGUGGGUUUUCUCGUGGUGCAUCCAUUUAUCGAGGUGUAACUAGACACCAUCAACAUGGGAGAUGGCAAGCAAGAAUCGGAAGAGUUGCUGGCAACAAAGACCUUUACUUGGGAACUUUCAGCACUCAAGAAGAAGCAGCAGAGGCAUAUGACAUUGCAGCCAUAAAAUUCCGAGGAUUGAACGCUGUGACCAACUUUGACAUGAGCAGAUAUGAUGUUAACAGCAUCUUAGAGAGCAGCACAUUGCCCAUUGGAGGAGCAGCAAAGCGGUUGAAAGACGUAGAGCAAGCAGAAAUGAUACUGGAUACACAAAGAACAGAAAAUGACAAUAUAACUUCACAUUUUACAGAUGGUAUCAGCAGUGGCUAUGGAUGGCCCAGUUUGGCAUUUCAACAAACACAUCAUCAUCAUAACCAGCCAUUUAGCAUGCACUAUCCAUAUGGACAAAGACUUUGGUGCAAGCAAGAACAAGAUUCUGAUACUAAUAACCAUAGCCUUCAAGAUCUUCAUCAUCAACAACUUCAACUGGGCAAUACCCACAAUUUCUUUCAGCCUUCUAUUCUACAUAAUCUAAUGAGCAUGGAUUCUUCUUCAAUGGAACAUAGUUCUGGGUCUAACUCAGUUAUAUACAGCAAUGGAGGUGAUGGUCAAGGAAUGAGUUAUGGAAGCAAUGGAAGUAGUGGGUAUGCAAUUCCAAUGGCAACAGUUAUAUCCAAUAAUAAUAACAAUGGGAAUCAAAAUCAAGGGAAUGGUUUUGGAGAUGGAGAAGUGAAAGCAAUUGGGUAUGAUCAUCAAAGUAUAUUUGGUUCAUCAGAUGCUUACAAUGCAAGAAACUUCUACUAUCUAUCACAACAACAAUCAUCAUCUUCAUCACCAGGUGCUGUGAAGGCAAGUGCAUAUGAUCAGGGCUCAACCUGUAACAACUGGGUGCCAACAGCAGUUCCUGCUCUUGCACCUAGGUCUAACAAUGUGGCUGUUUGCCAUGGAGCUUCAACUUUCACAGUAUGGAAUGAUACAUAGUAAAAGAAGAAAAGGAGAGAGAGGGUUUAUUUUGUAUACAGAAAACUGAUUUUCAUAAUUUUGAUUUUUUUUUUUUUUUAUUUACUUUUGUUAAUUAAGUUAACUUUGCAGCUGGAAGCAAAAUUUAAUUAAAGGGUCUUAAGUGAAGUUCAGCAAUAGCAUUUGAGAGCUUAAAAUUCUCAGUUGCUAUCAAUUUUGUGGAACUUCAUGUGGGAUUUAUAGAUCCUCGGAUAGUUUUCUUUAAUACCAGACUUUGUAAUUUUUAAUAACAUACUUACUAUACAAAGAAUGGGAUUUACUUCA